GCCAGUUCUGUAGAUAGAAAUAAGGUUCUCACAAUCAAUACCCACAGUGGUGGGCAUGCAGUCAUUGGCUUCUACUUUGCAAAAAACCUUCUAGGUUCUGGCCAUGAAGUCACCAUAAUGACCGUUGAAAUAGUAAGCGUUGGUGGGGAUCCCGUAGAAAUUGAUAAGGUUUUGAAGGGGGUAGCUUUUGAUGCAGUGUUGGAUAACAAUGGCAAGGACUUGGAUAAAGUGAG